AUGCCGGGGGAUGUGCGUUUGUUGCUGGCUGUACAUAGGGUCACUGGAGCCGAAGAAAGGCUUCGUGCUUGUACCAAAAACACGAGAUCUCGAACAGAGGUGAGGAUCUACGUAGUGUGAUCGAUGCCACUGUAGGUACUGUAUGCGCCUUCGCCCGCGGCUCCGAAGCUACGGCAGAAGCACCUGGCUACACUUGA